GCGGGCGGGCUCCGGGCCCAGUGGGUCCUAGAACCCGCCGGCUGUCCUUGCGGGUCGGCUGCUGCAGAGGCUCGGGCUCGGCCGGCGCGGCCGCCCGCUUUGCACGGUGCGGGCCCGGGGGGUCCUAAAGCCCGCCAUGUUGCGGGCUUUUGUCCCAGGUGUGCGGCCCGCCUUGCAAGGUCCCCAAUGCCUGCGGCCCCCUCCCCGGCCGAGGUGCUGGCCGCCGCUCGUGCGGUCCUAGAGAACGCCAUCUUGCAGGCCUUUGUGCAGCGUCCGGCCUUCGGUCCAUUCAUUUGUUCAUUCUCUUAUUCUUCGUUCACUCCUUCUUGCCACGUUCUCGGAGGCCACGUUUUCCCAGGGCUUAUUCUGAGACGAGUCAGCCCAGGGCCCUGCCUUGCAGGGCUGUCUGCCGGGGGGGCGCCGACCCAUAGACGGUUGCAGGAAGCGAAAAGCGCAGAGUUUCUGCAGCUCUCGGCCCCUCCUCAGUCCAUCUGGUAGGCCCUGAUGCCCUUCAAACUGCCACCUGCCUCAGAGACCCCAUUUUACUGCUGAGAAAACUGAGGGCUAGAGCGCCUUGGCGCCCUUACCUUUACUGCCUAUUAACUGUACCUGAAGGCACUGGGGAAGCUGGUAUUUGAAGGAUGCAAGAGAAGUCAAGGGAAGGAUGCAAGAGAAGUCAAGGGAGAAAUCCAUGGGAGAAGUCAAGCAAGGGCUCCUGACGCAGAGGGAACUGCAUAUGGAGAUGCAUUAAGAGAAGCUCGGUCCACCGAGGCCAUGGAAGUGGAGUCCGCGGAGGCCCGGUCCCCAGCCCCCGGCUACAAGCGCUCCGGCCGCCGCUACAAGUGCCUGUCCUGUACCAAGACGUUUCCAAAUGCCCCCCGGGCAGCGCGCCAUGCUGCUACACAUGGGCCUGCAGACUGCGCAGAGGAAGUGGCCGAGGUGAAGCUGAAGCCAGAGACAGAACCCAAAGCGGAGGAUGCCGGUGGGGACAAGGUGUCAGGUAUAGCGGCUAAGCCUCGGCCUUAUGCAUGCCCGCUGUGCCCCAAGGCCUAUAAAACGGCGCCCGAGCUGCGCAGUCACGGGCGCAGCCACACGGGCGAGAAGCCCUUCCCUUGCCCCGAGUGCGGCCGCCGCUUCAUGCAGCCCGUGUGCCUGCGAGUGCACCUAGCCUCGCACGCCGGCGAGCUGCCCUUCCGCUGUGCACACUGCCCCAAAGCCUACGGCGCGCUCUCCAAGCUCAAGAUCCACCAGCGCGGUCACACCGGCGAGCGGCCCUAUGCCUGCGCCGACUGCGGCAAGAGCUUCGCCGACCCUUCGGUGUUCCGCAAGCACCGGCGCACGCACGCCGGCCUGCGGCCCUACGGCUGCGAGCGCUGCGGCAAGGCCUACGCCGAGCUCAAGGACCUGCGCAACCACGAGCGGUCCCACACCGGUGAGCGGCCCUUCCUCUGCUCAGAGUGCGGGAAGAGCUUCUCUCGCUCGUCCUCGCUCACGUGCCACCAGCGCAUCCACGCGGCGCAGAAGCCCUACCGCUGCCCAGCCUGUGGCAAGGGCUUCACGCAGCUCAGCUCCUACCAGAGCCACGAGCGCACGCACUCCGGCGAGAAGCCCUUCCUGUGCCCGCGCUGUGGCCGCAUGUUCUCCGACCCCUCGAGCUUCCGGCGCCACCAGCGGGCGCACGAGGGCGUGAAGCCUUACCGCUGCGAGAAGUGCGGCAAGGACUUCCGGCAGCCGGCGGACCUGGCCAUGCACCGGCGGGUGCACACCGGCGACCGGCCGUUCAAGUGCCUGCAGUGUGACAAGACGUUCGUGGCCUCCUGGGACCUCAAGCGGCAUGCAUUGGUGCACUCAGGCCAGCGGCCCUUCCGCUGUGAGGAGUGUGGGCGAGCCUUCGCUGAGAGAGCCAGUCUCACGAAACACAGCCGGGUGCACUCGGGGGAGCGCCCCUUCCACUGCAACGCUUGCGGAAAGUCCUUUGUGGUAUCGUCAAGCCUGAGGAAGCAUGAGCGGACCCAUCGAAGCAGUGAGGCCGCAGGGGCUCCCCCGCAACAGGAGCUAGUAGUGGGGUUGGCACUGCCUGUGAGCAUGGCAGGCGAGGGCUCAGCGGCCCCGGCAGCAGGUGCAGGGUUAGGGGACCCUCCAGCAGGGCUGCUAGGGCUACCCCCGGAAUCGAGUGGUGUGAUGGCCACCCAGUGGCAAGUGGUGGGCAUGACAGUGGAGCAUGUGGAGUGCCAAGAUGCGGGGGUUGGGGAGGCUCCUGGUCCUUUGGGGGGGGCAGGCGAGGUGGGGGGUGAGGAGGUUGAUGAGAAGCCACCACAGUUUGUGUGCCGGGAGUGCAAGGAGACGUUCUCCACGCUGACGUUGCUGCGACGGCACGAGCGCUCACACCCAGAGCUCCGGCCCUUUCCCUGCACCCAGUGCGGCAAGAGCUUCUCAGACCGGGCUGGGCUGCGCAAGCAUAGCCGCACCCACAGCUCUGUGCGCCCCUACACCUGCCCCCACUGCCCCAAGGCCUUCUUGAGUGCCAGUGACCUGCGUAAGCACGAACGCACCCACCCUGUGCCCAUUGGGACCCCCACACCCCUGGAGCCCCUUGUGGCUUUGCUAGGAAUGCCUGAAGAGGGGCCAGCCUGAGGCCCAUGCCCCCUUGCCACACUCCUAGGAUCCCAGCCCCACAGGGUGCCUCCUAAACCUCCCUUUGCCCCAGCUCACUCUUUAGACUCCAGAUCCCUGCCCCUCUGGCAGCUAACUCACCUUCCCAACAAAGAGAGCUGGGACAGUGGAGGCUGGCAGCAGCUGUUGAGAGACAUGGUUCUCUUUGAGCAACACUCAUUAAAGGAUUCACUUUGACA